UCGAAGAAGCUCGUGUGGAGCAGCGGGGUGCCUCGUACGGAGGCAGGCAGAAACGGACUAACGGCGAAGUAUCAAGAAUUUAAUAACUCAAACACGACUAUUUUGUGUCAAUCGGGAAACCUGCAGAAGACGUCAGAUCUGAAACCGGACAAGUCCAAAGUCUGCAGAUUUUUCCUUCGGCGUUCCCUCCGCAGAAGCUCGCAAUUCGCCGGGCGCGGGUUGAUUCCUCUCGCUCAGGUUUCGACAGCCAGCUAACUAAUUAGCUUAGUAGUUUACAUAGCUCACUGGUUGAAAACCAAGGAAGUCACUUUUGUCCAUAAUCAGUUCAAGUUUAUGUCAUUGGUACGUUCUCUGAGAAUUGUUGUAUUGCUUCUCAGACGAAAUCGUAAACAAACAGCUAAACGAUACCGUUAGCUAACGUUACCUUUCUGUCACUGUUGUCCCACCCCUCAUGUAUCUGACAGGCUGCUGUGAACUUAGCUAGCUAGCUAGUUAGCCGACUAUCUUGGCCCAUAUCCUGUCAGCUCCCUAGCUGUUGGUUUAGCGGGCGGUACUUUGUAUUUUUGCCGAGGAACACAACAUUAUCUGAACUUUCUGACUUUGGCAGCUGCAUUUCACGCAGUACCACGUGCAACAACAGUAUUUGACUCCAGCAGUGCUCGUCUGAACGAAACGAGUGGGAAAGAGGAAGACGGGAAGUGGAUCUCGCUUGCUAGUAGGCUACAGAGUGGUAGGCGAGGGACUGUGCGCCUGCAAGGCUUUCGAACGUUACGUUAAUUGACUGCCUGGUAGCUCUGGAAUUAACCGUAGGAAGGUAACGUUAACUGAUUACCGGCUAACGGAUCACCUAUCGAAGUUGAAGUAGGGAAAUAGAUAGUUUUUUUGGCUAGAUUUCUGACUAUUCACAGUUUUGUUUUACGUGUUAACGUUAGUAGGUUGAGAUUUCCAAGACAUAUCAUCGAUAUUUUGUCAGUGGAAUCUCAGAAUCUUCGGUGCAUCUCACGUUACUCUUGGACGUAGCUAGCAAACGUUAACGUUAGUUACCUGAUGCUUUUCGCUAACAAGCGCUAGCUAGCGACUCUAUUGAAUGUAACAAAGUUAGGCUAACGCUAGCAUGUGAAGGUUAAGAUUUGACCCAACAAACCCUUGUGUCUUCAUAGCUCCCUGAGUUACGUUAAUCCGCGGCCCAAGCCCUGCUACAGCAUCUGCAUUUUGCAAGUGUGUCGCCUACCAAGCUAAAUUGUCUGUCAUUUGACAGGUCCCAGCUGUAGGUUACAAGAACUUAUUUUCUGUGUAACGUUAGCUGGGUGGCUUGUCAGUCUAUAAUAUUUUGAUUUUAUUGAGCUAGUAUAAGUUUGUUCGUUAGCUAGCUCCCCAGCAAGGCAACUUGGGAACAUUGAAAUCACUAUCUAUCUAACAUUACCGCAAACUAGCCAAGAGCUAGGACAAUUGAUUCAUUUAUUCUGAUAAUCUGUACUGGCCUGGUGAUUAUCCACGCCUUUCCACACACCAGAGUUGUUAGCGUUAUGUCAGUUAUGUUUGAUCUAUAGUGUCAAGAUUUGUCAGGUUAAGUUGAGUUGGUUGAGAGUGCGAACUGUUACCACCGCUCCUUGAAGCUUGGCUAGCUCCAUUUGCUAGCUUACAUUUAAACCUAGCUAGGCAUCUCUCGUUACUGCUAGAAAAUAAACGACCCUCAUGGACUAACACAGAAGAAGUAACUGGUUAGCAGAAUAACAGUUUUCUUCAAGAAACUACACGUACUUCAGAGAAAUAUACAACUUUAUUGGUGACACAAUCUCGGUACAGAAAUGAGUAUCGAAAUUCCAGCCGGCCUGACAGAGUUGCUACAAGGCUACACCGUGGAGGUCCUCCGGCAGCGACCAGCGGACCUGGUGGAAUUUGCCGUGCAGUAUUUUACUCGUUUGCGGGAUACGAGGAGUCAAGAUGGGGCUGGCUCCGGCAUUCCUGCCAGAUCAGGUGGGAAGGGAGUAAUGUUUGAUGGCGAGCCGAUGCAAACAGAGUCCAAUGGGGACGAGGAUGACGAGGACGACGACUCUGACUUCGAGCCCCCUCCUCCCAGCAGAUACAACCGAAGAGUGUCGGUGUGUGCGGAAGCAUUUAACCCUGACGAGGAGGAGGAGGACACCGAGCCGCGGAUAGUGCACCCCAAGACAGACGAGCAGCGCUGCCGCCUACAGGAGGCCUGCAAAGAUAUCCUACUCUUCAAAACGCUUGACCCCGAGCAGUUCUCAGAAGUGUUGGAUGCCAUGUUUGAACUGCGGGUGCAGACCGAUGAGCAUGUCAUCGACCAGGGAGAAGAUGGUGACAAUUUCUACGUCAUAGAAAGGGGCAUCUUUGAUAUUAUGGUGCGCAAAGAUGGCGUGGACUGCUGUUUUGGACAGUAUAAUAACAAGGGCAGCUUCGGAGAGCUGGCGCUCAUGUACAACACCCCCCGCGCCGCCACCAUCAUCGCCAAAGAGGAGGGGGCUCUCUGGGGCAUGGACCGGGCAACAUUCCGCAGGCUGAUCGUAAAGAACAACGCCAAGAAGAGGAGGAUGUAUGAGGCCUUUGUGGACAUGGUGCCCCUGCUCAAGUCUCUUGAGAUGUCUGAGCGCCAGAAGAUUGUGGAUGUUUUAGGUGCCAAGGCCUUUCAGGAUGGCGAGAGGAUCAUCAGGCAGGGCGAUAAGGCAGACUGCUUCUACAUUGUUGAAUCUGGAGAUGUGAAAAUCAUGAUGAAGAGUAAAACGAAGGCAGCCCAGCAGGACAAUGCCGAGGUGGAGAUCACGCGCUGCAGCAGGGGCCAGUACUUUGGAGAGCUGGCACUGGUCACCAACAAGCCCCGCGCCGCCUCCGCAUACGCUGUGGGAGACGUCAAGUGCUUGGUCAUGGAUGUGCAGGCAUUUGAGCGGUUGCUGGGCCCCUGCAAGGAGAUCAUGAAGAGGAACAUUGCUCACUACGAGGAGCAGCUGGUGGCACUGUUCGGAUCCAGCAUGGAUUUGAGGGACUGAGAUCGUCGUGCCUUAUGCACACACAUACACACGCACACACUCCAACUCACUUGACCUGUUCACCUCUUCUUUAUGCUGAUAUGUUCAUGCGCGCACACAUACACACACACACACACACACACACUUUCUCACUACAACUUUGUGCGUUAAUUGGCACACAAAGUUGACCUGCAUCGCAGAUACCUGAACUCUCUCACACACAGACAUACUUUUUAGGCACACUCCUUUUUACACCGACAUACACGAUUAAACAUCCCUCAACACAUAGAAAGAUCACAUUGCACGCUCGCGCGCACACUCCCACCCACACUCACAUGCCCCCCCCCCCCCCCCCCUCCCUCCCCAUUUCAGCCUGUCAGUAUGAAAUAAAAACAUUAGCCGUUUGUCUGUGUCCCUGAACCAGCUUGGACACACAAACACAUGAUCACAAAGCCCAGCCAAGGACCCCUCAUCCUUCUUCCCCGUUCAGCCACCCUCUACUCUGUUGCGCAAGAAAAAAAAAAAAAAGAAAGAAAGAAAAAAAAACACAGUAAAAAGUAAAAAAAAAAUGCAAGAAAAAACAAAUAUAAAAAUGAAAAAUAAUCAGUUUAACUCAAAUUUUAGAGGUGUUUUAUGAUGAUUCAAAGCUUUGAUAAAAAUUUAUUUAAAAGAAAUGUUGUUCCCACUUCUGCUCUUGGUGGUUGAGUUAGUGCUGGUGGUUUUCAUAACGGUGGCCCCUUGAUGUUUGGGUCUCUGUCCUCAUCACAGAACUCCACGUUGUAUUGAUUAAUGUAUUAUAAUAAUAAUAAUUAUUAUUAUUCCUCUAUAUUGAUUAUUUUUGUUUGAAUCUGUUUAUCCAGCUGGAGGUGGUGUCACAAAUGUAGUGCUCAUUCCCCCAUCAUUCUGGAUGAGUUCUCCUCUAAACAAAUAAAGCAAAACAUUUUGGUACAAUG